AGCACACCUCAAAAUAUUCCUCAUAUAUUCAGUCCUUAUCUCAUCUCAGACUACGAUCGACAAAUAAAUACUUGUAUCAUUACCUUCAAUUUCUAGCUAGGACCCUAAAUCCUCGGUCGAUCGUGAGCACAAACUGGUAUGAUGGACGCUGCACUUUGUCUCCAUAGUGGUGCUCUACACAUUCCUUCCACCACUAGCCAAGCAGCCGGAUUAGCAAGGCCUUAUUCCAGUUUCAGACCUUCUUCUCUUUCACUUUUUUCAAAGGCUUCCACAUACCGCACCCUAUCGCGACACACCUUCAGUAGGUCUGUGACAUGUGCACUUAACAAGCCCUCUCCACCUUCGCCAAACUACGACAGAGACAAUGGUAAAAAAAUUGUGAUAGUAGUGGGAGGUGCUUCUGUAGUUUUGGCUUGUGUCCUUGGAGUCAUCAACUACAACUUCAAUUUCAGUCCCGCAGCCAUUGCAGCCCCUAUAGUCGUGUCUAGGCCGAAAGCCGCGUUAGAUUCAUUGUUGACGGUGAACAAACAUUUAGCCACAUCCAAGAGUACAUGGAGCGUGUUCAGAUCGACACCACAGCUGUAUAUUCCCGAGACACCUACAAACGAGGACUAUUACAAUCUUAAGGUUGCAGUAGCGGAUUUAAUCAAGUCCGGAAACUGCGAUGAGGCAGAGACAAAACUUAGAAGGUUAUACGAAAACAUCCAAGGGAGUGAAGUUAAAUACAAUGUGGAGAUGGAAUUGGUACUAGUUCUCAUUUUCCAGGAAAAAUACAAAGAGGCUUUGAAUUGUAAAUGUCUCAGUGAUGCCAAGGUUGAUUCGGAUGGUCGAGUUUCACUUUACAAGGCUAUUAUCUGCACCAUGCUAGAUCGGGAUCAGGAACCCACCCAGUACCGGAAGGAUGCCGAGAAGUACUGGAAACACUUUGUCAAGUCCUUUCAAAGUGAACCACAGCCAUAAGACCCUGAGGUUCCGCAUCCAUAUCAGACAAGAGAGAAACGCUGAUACCUUUUAUUUAUUGGGUGAUUGGUACACUCAAAGUGCAAUGUUUUCCUCUACAGCUAACCCAAACUUCCAUUAGUAUCCAUCCCCUAUAAAAUUGAUCGCAUGCAGUUUGUUUCUUCUGAAUAAUUGAUGAAUGUUGUUAAAAACAUUUUGGUAGCUGGGAAUAUGUUAUAUCACUAUUAGCAAAACAAGCCAUUCAUAUAAAUUUAACUCACACGAAAUUUAAAGAGUCACAGAUAUCAGAUAUAU